AAAACUCAAGAGGAAUUUGAGGAAACGAGCGGAGAAUGAUGAAAGUGACGACAGUGGCUUGGCCGAAGUGAAUCUGGAAUCGGAAGUAAUUAAUGAAACGUACCGAAGAAAGGUAAUCUUGUAUAGAUUGGCCGAAAUUGAACGUCGGGGCGAAACUAAAAUUCUGCGUAACUUUGAACGAAUAAAAAAUGAAUCCUCUCUUCCGAAAGUCAAAGGGUUAUUUGCGACGCGUUCAAAACCUGUAGACCCUUCCAAAGAAAGCUUGGAAUCGCUGACCGAAAUGUUGCAAGAAGCUUUGCAAGGUGUGCCAGACUCAAUUCUACACUUGAUGACCGGAUGGACACGUCCCGGGGACUGCGGACGACCCGCCGAUCAGAAACCGGAUUGGCUCGACAUGGAAAAGCUGCGACGAGGGCAGAAGUUCGCGGAGAAUCACAUGUAUGCCAUCUUUUUCCAGGAUAUGAUUUCCUUGUUCAUUAUCUUCAGUCUCGAGGAUUCGCUGAAGCCACUAAUCAUGACCGGAAAAUCAAGCACGCCGUAUACCGCGUUCAAAAGGUACCUUUCAACUGGGCUGCGGGUUCGACACUGGAUGACCGGUGACCUCUGGACGAAGGGGUCCGUAGCUAACAUGGACAUCUCCACGGUGAGGGCGAUGCAUGGGACGGUGAGACGAAGACUGGAAACUUCGACUAACGAGGAAGUGGAUGCUGCAGCGGAAAUUGGCAAGCCCUGGUCCCCCAUGCGGGAAAUACUGAUCAAGGAUUUUUCCGAGGCUUGCGAGGCCCCCUCGAUCGGCCAGUGUCCCUACGUCGUGGAGCCGGGCAGCCAUGAUCGUCCGAAGGGUAUUAAUCAAACGGAAAUGGUGCUGACGCAGUGGUGCUUUGUUGGCUUGCUCGUUUCCUUCCCAGAGUCCUUUGGGGUCCAUUACGCCUCUGAGGAGGACCUCGAGGCCUUUUGCCAUCUCUGGAGAAGCAUCGGGUACCAGUUGGGAGUCGAGGAUGAGUAUAACUUCUGCCGUGGCACUCUUGAGGACAUUCGACGUCGAACGCACGAUUAUCUCGAAUCUUGGAUCAAGCCCAAUCUACGAAACGUCAGUCCAGAAUGGGAACACAUGAUGAGGUGCGUCGUGACUGGACUUAGUGCUGUCGUCUCGGAUACCACCUACGAAAGUGCCCUCCUGUUCCUCACCGAAAUGCUCGACCUUCCGAUGCCACGACUGAACGCCUCCUUGUCGUACCUGGAAUGGUGCAGGCAUAAGAUCAGGAAGUUUCACUUUUCCUACACGCUCAAGCUCCCAGGAAUGGCUGGAUGGUUCAAUAGUUUCGUGAACAAAGCCACAGAGCGUGCCGAGAACUUCACUCCCGAAGAACUGGAAGUUAUACGGAUAAAAAUGGACAGCAUAUACCCUGGUCAGGACAAAUAA